AUGUCCAAAGUCGCAGCUCACUGUCACGAUACAUUCGCCCUCGCCCUCCCCUCCCUCCUCUCCCUCCUCCCCGCCGGCCUUCAAACAAUAGACGCCUCCCUCUCCGGCCUCGGCGGGUGCCCCUACUCUCCGGGCGCGACAGGCAACAUCCCAACAGAAGACGUCGUCUACGCACUCCACAAGGCGGGGUAUGAGACGGGGGUAGAUUUGGACAGGUUGGUGCAAGUUGGGCGGUGGUUGUGUGGGGUAUUGGGGGUGGAGGGGGAGAGUCGGGUGGGGCGGGGGAUUGCGGGGAGGAGGGAGGGAAGGGAGAGGGAGGAGAGGGAGGGGAGGGGGGAGACGGCGAGUGGGGAGGAGACGGAGGAUGGGAUGUGA